GUUAUGUGCUACUGAUUGCAGUACGCUACUGCACGUUUCACAAUUUUCAGGAAAUUCUGGUUUGGGGUGCAAUUAUUUAUUGCAGCUAGCCACUUGGUCUCUGCCUGACACUUGCUGACCUGAAUGAGUCUUUCAGACUCUUUCCCUGAUUCUAAUGGCCGUGGUUCUGGCAAUUUCAUGAUGCGAGUAAAAAAUCAAAUUGUGGAAGGUGACCAGGGAAAACAGAGGACCCUUCAACCUCUAUUCGGAAACAUCCACAAAGGACAAAACUACAUUUCUAGGGAGACUGAAGAUAAGGGUGGGUACUAUCUACCCAGGAGCAGUCCCGUCAUAUCCCGCCGCAAAGAGAUGAGAAUAAAAAAGCCUUCAAUAGCUUCACAUAAUAGAGUUUCCCAUGAACACUCCGAUGAAAACUUUCAAAAGGGGCAGGAAUAUUCUGCUUCAAAAAUGCUCCAGAACUUUUUACAGGAAGAACAAACAAUUCCUACUGCUUCAGUUCAUAAGGUCUCUCAAGGUUUGCUUUUGGACACAGACUGUGCUCCAGCAGCUGUCCAGAACGAAAAUAGUUCUGGCAAGCAAAGAAAAAUCUCAUGUGGAUCUUCAGAGUCCCAAUCGUCUUCAUGUGAAGAGAGUGAUCUCCUAAACUCUGCAGCCUCACAACUGAGAAAAGGCACCAUAAGCUACUCAGACCCGGGUACCAAAGAGUUGGUCUCCGGAGAUUUCUACAGGAACAGUGUGGACCUCGACCUGGAGAAUGCUCACUUUGUAGUGGUGGACAUGGUGCUGGAGGUCCUAGAGGCGGCGAAGUGGACUUUGUCCCAAAAACAUUCAGACUCCUUUUCCUCAACCGACAGUGGCUACGAAGAACUCUGUGACCAAAGACUUUCUUCAAACAGAAGUUCAAAGACAUCAGUCCACAGAUGUUCAGCAGAAAUUCUCGCACAGAACUUGCUCAUGGAUCUCGGGAGGUGGUGGUGGAUUUCCUCAGAAGAGCUCUUGGGAGAAUUUCCCGUGGUUACCGUCUCCAUGGCAUCAGGAAGCGAAGCCAGCUUGAGUGACGAGAUCCGCCAGAAAAGCCGAAUGAGGGGGACGCUGAUAUGGUCUCCACCCGAAUUUCAGAUAAUACACAGUGUGAAUACGACACAGAGGCGCAGUGAUGUCGUUGCUUCUCAGCAGUUUCUUUGUGCAGGCUGUGGAACAGAAAUCGAGCCACGAUACAUGAAGCGGUUGCGAUACUGUGACUACCUGGGCAAGUACUUUUGUGAUGGUUGCCAUGGGGGUGGCGAAGCCAUAAUCCCAGCUCGUGUUUUGAACCACUGGGAUUUUGGCCGAUACCCAGUGUGCCAGUUUUCCAAACAGCUAUUGGAGUCCAUUUGGGAAAAGCCACUGUUUAAGGUCACCAAUGUAGCCAAGAACCUGUACUCCCAGGCCAAGGAGCUGCAGAAAUUCAGGGAGAUCCAGGAGCAGCUGAUCUCAAUUAAGAAACUUUUAAGAACAUGCAGACUAUCUGAAGGGGUCCUAGCCGAGUUCCAGGAGCUUCCAUCCCACCUGACUGAAGCGCUCCACCUUUUCGCCAUGGAUGACCUCAUUAAGAUCAGAAGGGGUCAACUUCUUCCCACAGGAAAGGCAGUGAUGCGAUCUGCGACAAACCACGUGGAGGCGUGUCUGCUGUGCCAGGCCAGAGGCUUUAUCUGUGAGUUCUGUCGUGGAAAGGACGUGCUCUUCCCAUUCCAAACAGACAUCUGCACACGCUGCCAAGAGUGCAGAGCUUGUUUCCACACUUCCUGUUUCCUAGAUGAAGAGUGUCCUAAAUGCACCCGUAUUGAAAACAGAAGAGCGGCCAGAAGAUGAAUUUAGGAAACUGUAGUCACAAUAAUAAUAAAGUCAUGUAAUGUCUCUCCUUCACUUCUAAAUAAGCAGCAAAAAAACUUACAGAAAUUUAUCCUUUUGACCAGUACUGGAUGCUAUUUUCUUCUCUUAAUAACUUGAGGAAAUCUCACAAAACUACUGGUCUUUUAAUGACUGAAUACUGUGUAUUUGUAAAAACAAACAAACAAACAAAAAAAAAAAUCAAUGCCAUGCAUUAAAAUGGUCUAGAAUGCUUCAUGUUGGCUUUAACCCAUCCCCCUUCUUUAGGUCUGUAAUGUAUGUAUGUCUCUGUAGAUAAAUACUUGUCAGGAAAAGUAUACAUUGACAAUAUACCGAAUACUAAUAUAAACAGAGCCCUAACAUUAAAAACAGCUGUUUAUUAUUGUGUUUUUGUGCUGAAGUAGCUCUUCUGUGUGAUCAGACCUGAUGGGAUAGCCUUCUCUCCCUACUCACAUUAAUGCCCCUGUAUAAGCACUACAUGCUAACCACAGAGGGGAUGGUGUGUUGUGGUAGGAAGAAGCAGGAGGACUUAAGCGAAAUCAGACCUCACAGACACAAAUCCUCCUUUUUUGCAAAUAUAAAGUUUCUUUUGCUCUUUUUAAAUACAAUGUGCUGUUUUUGAACCUAAAGUGUCUCUCUUUUCAAGUAUAAUUUUUCUCUUUCCUUGUAUCGGAGUGGAAUCAUCUGAUUCGCCUGUUAUUCACAUAGCUAUGGCAGUUUUGAUUAACAAACGAAGUUGUAACAACCUACACUCCCGCCUGCCCGGAGAUCUGUAGCGUUACAGUCAAACUCACUCAGAUCCUUAUGCUUGCACAGUGUAGUAAGAUAAUCAGUGUUAUCCGUAUAUCUGCACCCUGUUAUACUCUCAUUACAUACAUGUGUAAGGCCCUGCAAAAUAAACAAUCCCCUCCCAUCGUGUCAAAGCGACUGUCUGUAGAUAUGAUCUGAGAGCGUGAAGCGUAAUUAUCCUUCAGGACAAGAAAAAACAAAAAAGUCUAGUAAACCAAUAUUUUUACAGGUUUAUGUCAGCAAUGAGACAGGUUAAGUUGCAGUGCCCAUCUCUCUGGUUGGCUAAUCAAGCUAUAGAGUCUUACUAGAUAAUUUACACUGACAUUGUGAUUGACAAAAGUUAGGGUGAAGCACAACUAAUUAUUACGUCUCCCAAACGCCGACUGGCAACGAUCGCAUUAUUCAAGCUCACAAGAGUUUGCAGACACAGAAUAAUAAAAAAAAAAAAUAGAAUGCUGGUCAUGCAUCAAAAAAAGAAAUCACUGUUAUCAGGUUGUAAUGUUAAGGGUCCUUAGUAAAAAUGUCCAGGUUGGAGAGUGAUCACAAAUUUUAUCAAUGAAUGUUAUUAAUAUAUCAUUUGUUUAUUGCAUAUUGUUUAUUUAUUGCUAUUUCAAUAAAUAUUGUUUAUUUAU